AUAAAGUUAUGAAAAACUUUUUGCGAAUUUUCUCUUCUCUGGUUUUUCUUGGAAUUUUAUCUUUCGUGGCAGGACACAAUUAUGAGUGCAAAGAAGGAUUUAACCUUUUAUGUCAAAGUUCUCGUUUAAUUAACAAUUUAAUUGAUAAACUUUAUGCAGUCAAAGUUCCAAUUGUGAUUUAUCCGGGUUUUGAAAUUGUCCUUGCCAAUACUAAUGGUUCAACUAAUGAAUCUAUAAAUAAAACGAAUUAUGAUGGAGAUGAAUCAAUUGUUGGAAGGAUAAGAAAUUAUUUGAAAUUUCAUGAAAUCAAUAUUAAGUUGAAUCAGAUAAUGGAUACGACUAGAUUUUUUGAUGUGUUUGGCAAUGAAGGUGAACAGAAUGAACCAAUUAUUGCAGCUCGAAAGAAAGAUGGCAAGAUGCAGUUAGUGGCUAUAUCCUUGAUGUUUGCUAAACUUUUAGCAUUCCUUAAAAUUGGAAGUCUUGGUGCAUUGGCAAUGAAAGCUCUUGGUAUAGCUUCGAUGGCAUUGUUAUUCAGUGUCAUGUUGGGAUUAAAAAGUCUUCAUCAAAGUGCCGAAGAAACUAGUCAUCAUGUUCAAUAUAUUUCGGAUGGACAUCAUCGCAGACGUAAAAGAUAUAUUGAUGAAUAUCUUUUGCCAACUUUACCAUUGGCCUAUCAAAAACUAUCAAAAGUUCAAAAAUAAAAAGAUUAUAUUGUGACAUGAUUUUAUUUUAAAUGUUUCUCAAAAAAUA